GGUUAAAAAAUCUUCAUGAAAAAGAAAGAUACGAAGCAGCAUGAUGGAUUCAGAGGCUCAUGAAAAGAGGCCGCCCAUCCUGUCAUCUUCCAGUCAGGAGCUGUCCCCUCACAUCGCAAGUGUCAGUGAAAUGAAGCAUUACUUGUGUGGCUACUGUGCAGCGUUCAACAACGUGGCCCUCACAUUCCCCAUUCAGAAGGUUCUCUUCCGGCAGCAACUCUACGGCAUCAAGACCCGAGAUGCUAUUCUUCAGCUGCAGAAGGAUGGGUUUCGAAACUUGUAUCGAGGCAUCCUCCCCCCGCUGAUGCAGAAGACCACCACCCUGGCACUUAUGUUCGGUCUGUAUGAGGAUCUGUCCUGCCUGCUCCGGAAGCAUGUCAGCUCCCCGGAGUUCGCCACGCAGAGCCUGGCAGCAGUCCUCGCGGGCACAACAGAAGCCAUUUUCACUCCGCUGGAAAGAGUUCAGACCUUGCUUCAGGACCAUCGGCACCAUGACAAAUUUACCAACACUUACCAGGCAUUCAAGGCACUGAAGUGCCAUGGGAUCCGAGAGUAUUACCGGGGCUUGGUGCCCAUUCUUUUUCGUAAUGGGUUUAGUAAUGUCCUGUUCUUUGGUUUACGAGGCCCCAUUAAGGAGCAUCUGCCCACCGCAACAACCCACAGUGCCCAUCUGGUCAACGACUUCAUCUGUGGGGGUCUCUUGGGGGCUAUGCUGGGAAUCCUGUUCUUCCCAAUCAAUGUGGUGAAAACUCGGAUGCAGUCGCAGAUUGGUGGGGAGUUUCAAUCUUUCCCCAAGGUGUUCCAAAAAAUCUGGCUAGAACGGGACAGGAAGCUCACAAAUCUUUUCAGAGGUGCCCAUUUGAAUUACCACCGUUCCCUCAUUUCUUGGGGAAUUAUUAAUGCAACCUAUGAGUUCUUGUUAAAAAUUAUAUGAGAGACAUCAUUAGCCCAGUGACAUUUAUCAGUACAGUAAGGCCCUCUAAGAAGAAUGCAGUUUGGCUUCACUCCUAAUUGGCAAAACACAGUGGUGUCUUAAGUCUAGGGCAUAGUGAUUAUGGGCACAGCUGUUUUCCUGAAGCACCAACAAAUUUAGAAUAAAAGGUUUCAGUAGGAAAUUA